AUGCCAUGUAUACGUGAUCCAUUUCCAUGGUGGUUGCCAUUAGCUUUAUCAUGUUCCAUUGUAUUGAUCACAAUAUUCAUGGGUAUAUUUCGUUGGCUAUACAAAAUUUAUUCACGACAUAAACGUCUUAAAAUUAGAUCAUCACGACAACUCAUACAAUAUAAACAAUUAUCACCAAUGUCCAUUGAUAAUCAACGUACUUUAAGUCUACAGAGUACAAACGAUGAUGUAACAGAUGAUUAUCCAAGUUUAUUUGCCGAUCAUAAAGAUGAUCAAGAAUUUGAUGAGUUUACUGAAUCUGAGGAAAAUAUUGAUUCAAUGCAUAAAAACUGUUCAACAAGUACAUAUUUAAUAAAUCGUAAUAAGAAAUUACGUCGCAUUAAAACAAUGAAUAGUAAAAAACCUGAUAUAUCAACAUUACCAAUAAUUAAGAUUAAUCAUAUACGUCUGCCUCACCACCACCAACAACAAGAGCAACAACAAGAACAACAACCACAUAAACCGUUAUUACACAAGAGUAAUAGUGUGAAUUCAUCAAAAACACCUUUAUCUGAUUUACAAUCAUCUCCAUCCUGUUUGGAAACACAAAGCGAUACAACAUAUAUCAAUGAUUUUUUCACUGUAAAACCAACAAAUAAUGAUAUAUUACUGUCGGAAAACUCGACUCCAUCUUAUUGGGAAGAAUCAAUUCAAUGCAAUUGGUUUGUUAAUUGGUUUAAGUAUACUCGUUUAGGUAUGUCAGCUAGACAACAACUGAAUAUGAAAUUAUACUGUGAACGAUUUACUACAGUUUCAUAUCCAGCUGGUAAAAUAAUGUUAACUAUCUAUAUUGUUCUCAGUACGGUCUCCUGGCUAUUUUAUGUAGUUGAAAAUAGAAAUAAUCCUCCUGUGAGUAUACGUGGUAUAUGCCAUACAUUACGUUCGAAAAUCCUCAGUUGGAUCAAUUUUGGUAUCAAUUUGUUCUGCUUGGGUUAUUAUAUUUUAAAGCUGUGUGCGGCUACUGAUCGGGUUCGUUUUGUUCUCAGUUUUUCUUCUCUGAUCGAUAUAAUUUCAAUCCCACCGGCUUUAUGCAGUGUUUUUGAAACGCAUCGUCAUAUUGACUUGAAUUUUCUUCGAUCAAUGUGCUUUUUGUAUUAUGUUGAUACACUCACUUAUUUGGGUGUGAUAACGUCAAAUCAAGGAAUUCAGUCAGCUCGUAUCGUGUUCACAUUGUUCACCAUAUGGAUGGUUGGUAGUGGGAUUAUGCACGUGAUUGAACAUUUGGGAGAUUUUUGGUUGAAUGAAAAUCAUCGUGGUACAUGGAGUUACUUCGAGUCUUGUUAUUUUCUUUUAGUAACAUUAUCUACUGUUGGUUACGGUGAUUAUGUAACCCAUUCAACAUUGGGGAGAUUAUUUAUUUGUAUAUUUAUACCAGUUGCUAUGGGUGUUUCUGCAAGUUUUGUACCAGAGUUAUUUCGUAAUUUCAAUAAUAACUAUACUAAUUCUUCGGAUCGAUAUGAACCAAUUUCAGGUGAACGACAUGUUAUCGUUUGCGGAAAUUUUGAUAACGAAAGUAUACGAGCUUUUAUCAAAGGUUUCCUUUACGGAUGUCAAGCCAAAGGACGUAUGAGAAUAAACAUGGUACUUUUGAGACCGAUACCAUUGGAUUAUGCACUGAAAGCAAUUCUUAGUCCAUAUCAUGCAUGGGUUCGAUAUUUUGUUGGUACACCGAAUAAUCCACACGAUUUAGCCAGAACUAAAUUAAAAGAAGCACGAGCAGCAUUCAUAUUAGCCACACCAAAUACAAAAUUUCGUGAUGAUGAAGACAGCGCAAAUAUAAUGCAAGCAAUUGCAAUAAAGGCUAGAAAAAAGAAUUUACGCGUUAUUUUGCAGUUGCAUUAUUUUAGAAAUAAGUGUUUAAUGAAUAAUUUUCCACGUUGGACAUAUUUAGCCAACGAUAUGGUAGUUUGUAUGGAAGAACUAAAAUUAGGUUUAAUGGCGUACAAUUGUCUAGCACCGGGUUUCUCAACGUUGAUUGUAAAUCUUUUAAAUGCACAUGGAAGUAAACCAAGAAUAUUUGAAUACGAACGUUGGAGGAUAGAAUAUGAGUAUGGGUUUCGAAUGCAACUACAUGAUGUUGGCAUUAGUCAUGAAUUUUCAAACCUAUUUAUUAGAGACUUAGCUAUUUUUGUUUAUGAAAAGUGGAAUCUUAUUCUACUAGCCAUACGUAUCAAUGGACUAGAAAAAUCUUCAAUGCUUAUAAAUCCAAUUGAUGUAAACUGUCCAGUGAAUAAUAAUUCAAUGCGCGCUAUAGUUAUAUCUAGUGAUUAUAGUUCUGCUUUAAACUUGCAGUAUUAUUGCAUAACAUGCGAAGGACAUCUAAUUGGUCAACCAUGCAGAUGUAGUCGUCCUGUGUUAGAAAAAAGAAGAAAGAUAACAAUUGCUAGAGACUUAGCACUAUAUGAGCAAAUUGGGAAAGCCAGAGAAAAUGCUGUUAAAGCUGAAACAUGGUCAUAUGAUACUAGAUCUACACACUUUUUUCGUCAUUCAUUUACUGCAACAUCACCUAAUUUAUUACAUGAUACAAGAAAUCUACUAUUUGAUCAACCUCGUGGGCGAAGUGAAACAAGAAAAAUGGAUAUAAAUUCAAGAAAUUUAGCACUUCCAAAUAAUAUUCCAACAAGGUGUAUGAAUUAUUCUCCAGUACGAGCUCCAUCACAUUCAUCACAAGUAGAUCGUACCGGAUCAUUUCAUUGGGUACCAGAUAUCCCACUUACAAGGGCCACGUUGAGCCCAAAUCAAGCAGCAAGUCUGAAUUUUAACAGACAUUUCCUUGUAUGUGUUGCUGGAAAAUCAACAAACGGUCCUCUUAAUUUGGAGAAUUUCAUCAUGCCACUACGGUUCCAUUGGCAACGUGUUCGAGAUAUCGUGAUCCUAGGAGAUAGUCAUUUAAUUGGGCCGUUGGAAUGGGUGAAAUUAAAAAAUCUUCCAAGAAUAUUUAUCGUCGACGGUGAUCCAUGCAGUUUUAAUGAUCUACACUCAGUACAUUUAUGUCAAUGUAAUGCUUGUGUGGUGCUUGGUUACAGUGCGGAAGAGCCUCAUUCACAAUGUGUUGAUCCAAGUCUUCAAGACAGAGUAACAUUAUUGUGUGCAAUGAAUAUUCGAUCAUUAUUGCAAAAAGAACAACAUUUGGUUCAUUUAACAACAGAAUUACAUUAUGAAAAAAAUGCCUACUUGUUCAGUUCAGGUGACAUACAUGAAAAUGAUUACAAAUUACCAGUAUGGUUUAGUGAACCAUUUGCUCGGGGGAUUAUUUUUAGCAACACUUUACUAUAUAGCUGUUUGAGUUCUUUCUUUUACAAUGAUAAUAUAUUUCGUUUCCUUCGAGUUUUAAUUUCUGGACAGUCAACUGAUGAACUUGAAGCAUCAUUUUCUGUUGGAGCAGGUCUACAACAACAAGCAACAUCACAGUCAGCUCGAAUGGCUGGAGUAAAAGUUUCUUUGAGGGGAUUUCGUCAUGCACCUUUCAAAUUCUUAACUCGAAUAUCACUUCGACUGUUUUGGUUGAAUUCGUAAACAAUGUUUCAGUUAUCUUCGUUCGUUGUUGGGUCUGAAGUCUUCAUUGGAUGGAAUGUGAGUUGAUUGUGUUCGCUUGUUGAGGACGAUGGUUCUGAAAGAUCCCAGAAUUUUAGUGCUGAUUCCUAAAACGUUUUUUUAUUUAUGGUGUGAUGAUCUAGUUCUCGUCAGUGCUUAUGUUGUGUCAUGUUUAUUUACUGAAUAAAUUUUGAUUACGUUUCGCGGGUGACCAUCACUCAGGGAUCCAGUAUGUCGAUUCAUGGAAAAAAAGUCGAUAAAUCACACGGUCACAGGUUAACCGAUCAAAACUGUCAACAAGAACAAAAAGAUACCUAAAAAUGAUAAAAUCUCGAAAGUAUCCGGAUGGAAACAAGGUCGUCAUAAUGGACUGGCUUCAUGUUUGUAGAAUAGUCGGAAAGUUUACUUCCCUAUGAAGUAGGGGCUGAUGACGUUGACCAUGACGACAAUGAAGUUUAUCAAUUAAGCCAUUUAGCUCAUAGAACCAAACACUACCAAAAGAAAAACUUUACCGUGGCCAGUUAGCUAUAAGCUGCUGCUCGAUAUAUCACGUCCAUUUAUUUUAAAUUCCAUAGAUGUAUACAAAAAGCAUACUCUUUGAAGAACACAGUUCUAUAAUUACCUACGCUAUAUGAGUGCUAACUAACCGAACAUUUAUAAUAAUACAAGAGUUCAGGUGCACGACUAUGUCAUCAUUGUUCAGUGUUAAAAACGAAAUUCCUCACAUGUUCUGAAUGAAACUAAUGAAACCGACGUUGAGUUACUUAGUCUCAAGAAAGAUGAUGAAACUGAUUAAAUAAUUCUGUAGAUGAAUAGUGAAUCAGUCAAUCUACAACUUAUUUUUAUAGUUAGAGGCUCAAUAGAAACAGCAGUGAAACAUUUUUUGGACUCAAAUUCAUUUAGCAAUAGGAAAAUCAAAUGUUGAUUGCAGUAUAUAAUCCAUAAAAUAAGAUCCAUGACAUUAUGGUCUUAAAAAAGUGGGUAACAAUUUGUUGAACAAUCAACUAGAAUCUACCCAUAGAUGCUACUCUUCCGUAUCAAUGUAUAAUUUUCUUGUGACUAGUUAUGAUGAAUAACGGAGAAAGUAAUCAAAUUUAUAGUUGUGAAAUACAAGGCCAGAUUUAGUAGUUUUAUAUAUAUGUUAUAUUAAAAAUCUCAUUUUUAUUUAGUUUUAAAGAUGUUGCCAGAACAAAUAAAUUUAGGAACAAACUGAUUUUAAGUGAUAACACAUUCGCUAAUGGAGUGUCAGUUAUUGGAUCAUAUGUUUGAUGUCAGAAAAUGAUGUUUGAUGUGAAAUAAACGUUAUUUAUAAAUAAAUGG